CAGCAACAAAACAGAUCAAAACUCCACCAAAUUCUACAAACGUUACAGUUCAGAUUUUAGAUAUUUCUCUGAUCUUCUAUUGCCAUGUCUUGCAAAGGUUGUCCGCCUUAUGAUGAACAUGAUAAAUCUGGCAUAAAUUUUCCACGCUGCUUUCAGUGGGUACGCGGUGCCUGCACCAAAAAGAAUCCCGGCAAUGUGGCAAGUAUUCACAGCUUGGCACAGCAAGUGAUGCCCAAAUUUUUUGAUGGCCUCGAACUGGACUAUGUGCAUCGCCUGGCACCGCACAAGUAUGUCACAGCCUCAUGGGUGUUGAGUCACAUGAAGGCGGCGGGCUUUCGCUUUGGCGGUCUCUAUACAUUUCGCCUCACAAAUGAUGUCAUGCGCACACCCACAAUUAUUGGUGAUAUACAUCCCUCAACGCAAGCUGCCAAUCUGAAUAUACUCUACUACCCAUUCGAGUGCCUUCGCAUGGAGGCCUCCCUGCAAAAGGGCAGGGACAAUACGCCCGUGGACAGUCAACUGACCGUCGAAUUGACACGCCCCUGUGACACUUGGUCUGCUAAUUUCUAUAGUGUUCGCAAGCAGACCGGCCGCUGUACAUUGUCCUUGAUGCGCGCCAUCACCACACAUGUGGCCCUGGGCGGCGAGAUGCUAUUGGAGUGGAAUGCGCCACAGAAACUAUCCACAGACUAUGCUUUAGCAGCGCGUUAUUCGCAUCACAAUUAUGCUCUGUCGGCCACUGCGUCGCGUAAUGGCGUGGAUAUUAGCUACUGGCAGCGCAUCUAUCCACAGAUACAGAUGGCCAAUGUGUUGGCCUAUAAUUAUAUCACAAACAAGGCCAUAGCCACAAUUGGCUAUCAAUGGAACUUUUGGGAUGCUGCCGUGCAUGGCAUGAUCGAUUCGGAUGCAUCUGUGGGCGUUAUGUGGACCAAAUAUCUCAGCAAUUUUCCGCUAGAAAUGGGCUUGAGUGUGGUCUUGAGCGUACCGACAGAUCGUUUUGCAUUUGGCAUGCGUUUCGUUGUCGAUCCGAGUGGCUAUCGCUCUAGCGAAUAAUUCUUUAUGUAUUGUUUACAUGUAUUUCUUUUAAAUUUUAAAUUUUAAUUAACCAAAUUA